AUGGCCAAGAAACUGCUAGCUGUGAUGAGAACCCAUCCUCACUUAUCAAGAAAGGGCAUUGAAGCUGAGAUGCUAAAAUAUGGUGUGCAUCCUAGCAAACAGCAAGUGUAUAGAGCCAAACAAAAAGCAAGAGAAGAGAUUGAAGGCAAACAUUCAGAAUCAUAUAGUAAACUGCCAAAAUAUGUUGUGCUUCUAAGGCAACAUAAUCCUGAUAGUGUUUGUAAGAUUCAUUAUGACAAACCAAAUCUACUAGUUGAACCAAGGUUCCUGAAACUUUUUAUUAGCUUUAAAGGACAGAAAGAUAGAUUUUUAGCUGGUUGUAGAUCCUUUGUUGGAUUUGAUGGAUGUCAUUUGAAAGGUAGUUUUGGUGGAGUAUUGCUAACUGCUGUUGCAUUGGAUGCUAAUAACAGCAUAUUUCCCAUUGCAUUUGCUAUUUUUAAGGGGCUGAACAUUGCAUAUGAACAGCUGCUGCCAUCUGCAAUUGGAAGAUACUGUUGCAGACAUAUUUGCAUGAACUUCAAGUCUCAGUUUCCUGGAAUGUUACUGACUACUUUCUUUGAAAUGAAAUGUGAUCAUGUCACAAAUAACUUCACGGAAUCCUUCAAUGCUUGGAUUGGAGACUUAAGGGGCCAACCAAUACUGACACUUGUUGAAGGCCUAAGGAAAAAAUUUAUGAAGAAAUUACACAAAAGAUACCAGAAGGCUUGCACAUGGACGUCUGCUAUCCUAAAAAACAUCAUAGAAAAGCUCAAGAAAGUUGCAAUACAUUCUAGGAGAUGUUCAUUGCAGAUGGCCAGUGAAGAUUUGUUUGAAGUUUCUGAUGGUGACAAAACAUUUAUAGUGAGUUUGAACCAGAAGACAUGUGACUGUGGAGCUUUCCAAUUAUCUGGACUCCCAUGCAAGCAUGCUGCACUUGGAAUUAUAUACAAAAGACAGAAAUUGGAGACAUACUGUGAUCCUUGCUUCUCAACAGAAAUGUAUUUUAAGACAUACAGUGGCAUGAUACAUCCAAUUCCUCACGAGAAGAUAUGGCCUCCAUUAAUUGAUGUCACACCAAGAACUGUCCUUCCACCACUAUUAAGAAGAGCUCCAGGUCGUCCAAGAGUUAAUAGAAGGAGAGAGCCUGAUGAGCCAAGCCAAUCUCAAGCCAAAAGAGGGAAGCCAGGAAGGGGAAUUGCAAAUACAAGUCUUGCAGGAUCUGUUCUAUGGGAUCAUGUUGAUGGCAAUGUGCCUAUUGUCGUUUCUAGUCAAGGCAGCAACCCAAGUCCAUCAAUUCAAUCACCAUUAAUGAAUGUUGACUUGAAUUUCCAAACAGCAACCAAUGCUACUAAGAGAAAGAGAGGACGACCUUCCAACAAAUCUGCUCCAUCUGCUGUAUAUAACCGCAAAAGGAAAACUUCAACAGCAGUACCUCAACCAAUUGCAGUAAUGCAUACUGCUGCACUACAUCCCAGUGGAACUGCCCAAGUACAAACUGAUGUCAACAUCAAUGCUUCAGUUUCUCAUGAUUCUCACAAUGUCAGUAGCAGCUUCACCUUUUGGUAG